GUUGAGCACAUAUUUGGAGUUUGACGACUUAAUUAAGUAAACUACGGUGCGAAGCCAUAUAUCCGCCUAGAGGUAUAUAGACUACACUAUGCCCCUUAUUAUUCUUGAGGACUUUUCCAGUAUUUUUGGCUUCUAUUCUCGACAAGUUGUCCUGCGAGAGUCCUAUUUCUCUUCUUCUUCAUUUUUUGUAUAACUUCUCGGAAAGCGAAUGAAAUGGCAGACCCGAAAGGUCAAGAGAGGGCACAGCAGGCUUUGAACGAGAAAACUGCCAAGUCAUUUGGGAUUGCAAUCGGAUCUCUCAUCGCUCUAUUUAUACUCAGUCACUGGGCACGAUACUUUUUCCAUCGGUAUAGUAACGGAAGUCGAAGCUCAGCCACGGUAGCCAUGAUAAGACUUAGGAGAAUCAGAUCCCUCCUUUCAAGGAGGUUCUUCAAACAGAUAUCAGUUGGCCGUAUUCUACUCUACAUUUUAUUCUGGGGAAUCAACGUCAUCGUGUCAUGCACAAACGUAGACUUGACCAAUCUACUCAAUGUUGCAAAACACCAAGGCUGGGUUGCGCUAUGCAAUCUAGCCUUAGUCAUUUUCCUCAGUUUGAAAAACACGCCAUUAGCUAUUCUCUCCGCCACUUCCUACGAGACCUUGAUGCCGCUCCAUAAGGCAGCGGGAUAUACAUGCAUAGUUGCAUCUUUGGUCCAUGCCAUCGUCUAUCUGGUAGGUAUGGCACAAGUUUAUCCUCUAUAUUACAUGCUGGAGCCCGCCCCGGUCGCAGGAAUGAUAGGUGGCAUUGCAAUGCUUCUCAUUGGUGUCUUGGCUUUGCCAUAUAUUCGCCGCCAACGCUAUGAGUUAUUCUACGCUAUACAUGUCAUACUGUCAGCCAUCACUUUAAUAGUCGUCGCAUUGCACGUGCCAGACCUCAGCCGCCGUGCCAUCAUUAUCACCCUUUUUGCAGCUUCUUUGUCAUUCAUGGAUCGCGCCAUCCGCGUUUUGAAAUUCUCUUGCAACUUCAUGGGUAACCAUGCGGCGCUCACCGCGCUACCGAAUGGUGCUACUCGAGUCACACUUCGCCAAUCAUCGAAGGCGAUUCCCGGCUCGCAUGCCUUCUUGUGGUUGCCUGCUAUCCGUCUUGUAGAGACACACCCCUUUACACUCGUUUCCUCGGACCCUGCAGAGUUUGUCGUGUUCUCUCGCGGUGGAUUCACGUCUGCAUUGCACAAGUAUGCGAAAGAGUUUCCUGCGAAGACUUUGAGAUGCUCGCUCAACACAGGUUAUGGGGAAUUACCUGACUUCAAGACUUACGACAGCAUCUUACUAAUUGCCGGUGGUAGCGGUGCAAGCUUUACCUUUGCAGUAGCCUUGGACCUUUGCAGGAACCCAGGCCCCUGUCCAUCUGGUAGUAUUACUUUUGUCUGGGUUAUUAGAGAUAAAGCUUCUAUCUCGUGGUUCCAUGCGGAACUUCGUGAACUCCACCUCGACCCACGUAUCAAAGUUAUGAUACACGUAACUAACAACGUCGAGUCUUCUGCAGUGGUCUCCUUAUCGGGAUAUUCUGAGAAGGAUAGUCCUGCAACCACAGAAGAGUCUAGUCAGACUUCGCUCCCAACUAUGGCAUCUGGUGACUCAGAAAAAGCCAUUGAGCUUGAGCAAAUGGCAGCGUCGAAAAAGCCUGUCGAUCCGGAGAAAGGCAUGGGUUAUGAUGUAGGAGAGGCAUCCAGCAGCACCGUUGCAACCUUCACAGGGCGCCCAAAUAUUCCUGCACUGAUGAGAAGUCUCGUCGACAAUGAAGAUACCACGAAGAGAGUUAUUGUUGGCGCCUGUGGGCCUGCGGGGUUGCUGGAGACGGUGAAGGACACCACAUCACGAUGCAUACGGCCGUAUGGCCCAUCUUUCACUUUGCAUACCGAGGGGUUUGGAUGGUAGACGACAUAUAUGUAAAACUAUAUAUGCUCACCUCCUUCCUCCCGUUAUUCAUGAAUCAAAACUCAUAAAAGGACAUGUACAAGGGCGGUUCAAGGUAUGAGGGAGGACACAAGUGGCAAAUAUGGUGAUGCUACCCUUUUGUAUGGGACCUUUUGCAUGGGAACUGUUUUUUUUUAUUACAAUCACGACAGCAUUUGAAUAUUACUAUUUACGACGAAUAUUUAUAAAGACAGAAAUAUCAUAUAUCAUGUGUUUACGCCUGAAUGGGAUUGAUAUCAUUUCAUGUCAAGUAACGUUGUGUCUUCUUCUGUCCAAGUACGUAGCUGCCUGAUAUUUAAGUGUUGGAGGAAGGACCGAAAUAUUGCGACCGCGCGCAAAUCGUGCGGUGUGUUUGGUGACCGGACCUUGGGGCUUUUGCGCAACGGGUGGG